AUGCUGAUGAUGGAAAUCCACUUCCACAAGUUCUAUGACAAUUAUACGCUUUAUCGAUUGGAGCCAGAAGUUGGGGUGGUCAGGCAUUAUCGUGACAUCCAUUUUGGUUCUUGGGGUCAAAUAUGGCUCAAAGAAGUUGAAGGCAUGGAAAACUUUUCGAUGACGGAUUACCCAGCAAGAUGGAAAGAUACGCUACGUAAAAAUGUGCAGAAGCGAUUGCAUUAUAUUUAUGGUAGCGAUAACAUACAAUACCGCUCAUAA